GAAAAAUGUUUUCUGAAAGCAGUUCAUUUUUGAAGGGUAUGAUGCUCGGAAGCAUUUUCUGUGUUUUGAUCACUAUGCUAGGCCACAUUAGGAUUGGUCAUGGAAACAGAAUGUAUCACCAUGAGCAUCAUCACCUACAAGCUCCUAACAAAGAAGAUAUCUUGAAAAUUUCAGAGAAUGAACGCAUGGAGCUCAGUAAGAGUUUUCGGGUAUACUGUAUCAUCCUUGUAAAACCCAAAGAUGUGAGUCUUUGGGCUGCAGUGAAGGAGACAUGGACAAAACACUGUGACAAAGCAGAGUUCUUCAGUUCUGAAAAUGUUAAAGUGUUUGAAUCAAUUAACGUGGAAACAGAUGACAUGUGGCUUAUGAUGAGAAAGGCUUACAAAUAUGCCUUUGAUAAAUAUAAAGACCAGUACAACUGGUUUUUCCUUGCACGCCCCACUACAUUUGUUAUUAUUGAAAACUUAAAGUAUUUUUUGUUAAAAAAGGACCAAUCACAGCCCUUCUAUCUAGGCCACACUAUAAAGUCUGGUGACCUUGAAUAUGUGAGUAUGGAAGGAGGAAUUGUCUUAAGUAUAGAAUCCAUGAAAAGACUUGAUAGCCUUCUCAGUGUCCCUGAGAAGUGUCCUGAACAGGGAGGGAUGAUUUGGAAGAUAUCUGAAGAUAAACAGCUAGCAGUCUGCCUGAAAUAUGCUGGAGUGUUUGCAGAAAAUGCAGAAGAUUCUGAAGGAAAAGAUGUAUUUAACACCAAAUCUGUUGGACUUUUUAUUAAAGAGGCAAUGAAUAAUCAACCCCAGCAAGUAGUAGAAGGAUGUUGCUCAGAUAUGGCUGUUACUUUUAAUGGACUGACACCUAAUCAGAUGCAUGUGAUGAUGUAUGGGGUAUACCGUCUUAGGGCAUUUGGGCAUGUUUUCAACGAUGCGUUGGUUUUCUUACCUCCUAAUGGUUCUGACAACGACUGACAACUCGAAUAAGAGCAUAUGUACACUGUAUACGACAUGUUAUUUGUGGUGACAACUACAUAUGCAACAUAGUGUAUGUUGUUUUUUUAUUAUUUAAAAAAAUUAGUGAUGCUGGCAUAAUUAUACAUUACAACUUAGUAGUGUAUUUUUUAAUGGGGUGGUAUUUUUUCCUCAAAAGUACAAAUGUGUUGGAAAGAAAUGUUUCAAGAAUAGUAAUUUUGCAACUAAA